GCUCAUACGUAACGGUGCAAUUUGAUUACGAAAACGAUAUCGUACAGCGUGAGUGACCUACGCGGCCGACAGUCCACCGCCGGCGUCGACGCGCGCGCAUGUGCUGUGUGUGGCGUGCUUGUGCGCUGGCAGUCAUCGCUUACGAUCAAGGGCCGUCCCUACAACCCACUACCCUCACUACUAUUAAACAUUACAGACAACAAACGAUCAUUGUGACAAGUGAAGUGUUAUUUACGAUAGAAUUCUAUUGUUAACAAAACAAUGCUAUUCAAGGCGCGACACUUGUUCAAGCGGAAAAUAUCGAUAAGAUAACCUGUAUCGCAAUAAUAAAAUUUAUCGCAAUUCGUCAAUUGCACUGCAGAAGGACUAUUGCAAAAAUCGCGUCCUUCCUUUCUAUUCAAGCGGCUCGCGAUGCUGCGGGUUAGUCGCGUGCGGUUACUUGACGGUGUAGUUUGUUGACAGACGCAGCAACUUGUGAGAAUGCCAAAACAGUGCGCGAAAACGAUUGUCUGAUUUUCCCGGAGAGUGCGACAAUAGCCAAUUUUAGAUAGUGACGGUGGUGAUAAUGGGCAGGAUUACCAAGAAGAUGGCGACACCUACUAGCAGUGAUGUUGAGAGCGGUGGUGAUGCUUUUACUGACGGCGAUUUCGAUGAUAGUGAUGAAGAUAUAACAGUUGUGGAGAGGUGUGAAGAUUCGGGAAAAUCAAGAAUUCCUGUAAACGACACUGUAAAUACAGACGUCAAAAAUAAUCUUCACAAUGGUGCAUCUCCUAUUUCUUCAAAGGCACAAACUAAUGGCCUGGAACAUCAGUCAAAGGUUAACGGACUAAAAAACGGUGAUAAGGAAUUGCCUAGUGCCGUGGAGUGUCGUAGUAGUGAUGUAGUUGAAUUUCGAAGAGACUCCCAUGGUGAUCAAAAUCCAUCUAUAGUUGGAAUUAUUGGAGAUCAACAUAGUCAUGCAGAACAGCGGCUCGCAGCGCGGCGAGCGGCGCGGGCGGAGGCGCGCGAGAUCCGCAUGCGAGAGCUGGAGCGGCAGCAGCGCGAGCAGGAGGACCAUGCCGACAAGGCCUACGACAUGUACGCGGGGAAGCUGCCCGAGACGGUGGGCAGGCGGGGGGGCUCGCGACUGGCGGGACUCAGCCCUGGAGGACUACACUCGCCGAGGAGGAGCUCGGAGGACUCGGCCGAUGACGUCUUCAACAUUAAGGACCUCAGGCACGAGCUGAAAGAAGUGGAAGAGAAAUUCCGCAAGGCGAUGAUCCUGAACGCGCAGCUGGACAACGACAAGGCGGCGCUGGGCUACCAGCUCGAGCUGCUCAAGGACCGGAUAGAGGAGCUGCAGGAGGAGCACGCGCAGCUGUCGGUAUGUUCUGUUCCAGUGUUAUGUAGACAAGUCCCGCGAGGCGACGAUCCUGACGCGCAGCUGGACAACGACAAGGCGGCGCUGGGCUACCAGCUCGAGCUGCUCAAGGACCGGAUAGAGGAGCUGCAGGAGGAGCACGCGCAGCUGUCGGUAUGUUCUGUUCCAGUGUUAUGUAGACAAGUCCCGCGAGGCGACGAUCCUGACGCGCAGCUGGACAACGACAAGGCGGCGCUGGGCUACCAGCUCGAGCUGCUCAAGGACCGGAUAGAGGAGCUGCAGGAGGAGCACGCGCAGCUGUCGGUAUGUUCUGUUCCAGUGUUAUGUAGACAAGUCCCGCGAGGCGACGAUCCUGACGCGCAGCUGGACAACGACAAGGCGGCGCUGGGCUACCAGCUCGAGCUGCUCAAGGACCGGAUAGAGGAGCUGCAGGAGGAGCACGCGCAGCUGUCGGUAUGUUCUGUUCCAGUGUUAUGUAGACAAGUCCCGCGAGGCGACGAUCCUGACGCGCAGCUGGACAACGACAAGGCGGCGCUGGGCUACCAGCUCGAGCUGCUCAAGGACCGGAUAGAGGAGCUGCAGGAGGAGCACGCGCAGCUGUCGGUAUGUUCUGUUCCAGUGUUAUGUAGACAAGUCCCGCGAGGCGACGAUCCUGACGCGCAGCUGGACAACGACAAGGCGGCGCUGGGCUACCAGCUCGAGCUGCUCAAGGACCGGAUAGAGGAGCUGCAGGAGGAGCACGCGCAGCUGUCGCGUGAACACAAAGAAAAGUGCUCAGCCCACGAGCGGUUACGGCGCGAGCACGCGUCCCUCGAGCGGGAAGUGACGUGCGCGCGGGACGCGGUGCGCGCGCGGGACGCCGCCGCCGCCGCCGCCGGCUUCGCCUUCGUGGAGGCGGGCGCCGCCGCCGACGUGCCCGGCUUCGGCGCCGUGCCGCCGCUGGCGCUCGUCUCGCAUCAAGCGGACCAGAUGCUAGGAGACGCUUCUGAGGGGACGCUGGACGUGCGGUUGCAGAAGCUCCUCAGCUCGAAGACGGCGCUGGAGUCGGAGGUGCGCAAGCUGAAGCUCACGCUCAACGAGGAGCGCGCGGCGCGCCACAACGGCGUCGCGCACCACCACGACCACGAGUACGAGACUGAGCUGGAGACCCUCCGACGAGGCGUGACGGAGGCGAAGGCCCGCGCCGCGCGCGCCGAGGCCGAGGCCGCGCUGCAGGCCGCCGCCGCCGCCCGCCUCGAGGCCCAGCUGGCCCGGCUGCGCGCGCGCCAGGACCACCAGGACGAGCACGAGGAGCUGCUCAAGCAGGAGCGCCGCAAACUGCAGCGCGAGGCGCGGGAAGCCCUCAACCGAGUCGAAGAGCUGGAGACGGAGAACAGCCACCUCACCAAGCGGCUGGACAAGCUGAAGAACGCCAAGUCGGCUCUCCUCAAGGAGCUGUGACACUGCUGACUGUUAGACGUCAUCCUCUCCGCCACCAUGGGGUAACGUGACAUGGACUUGUAUACGCAGCGGAUAAUAUUUGUAGUAUUUCAUUUUGUGUAAAGGAAAUGGGCCUCUGGCAUUGACGUAAAAAUGAGAUGGCUAAUGAAGACGGGCAAGACGGCACGCGUGACGUAAUACAAAUCUCGCCAACUUUUGGAGUGACGCAAUCGUAGUUCAAUACUUCGAUUUCUAUGCUCAUUAGUACAAUAAAACAAUCGAUAUUCUUAAUACGUUAUGACUAUGGUCACUCAAUUGCGAGGUAGGAGGCAACCCGUCUAGCCAGGUUGUUUCCGUAUAAGACAUUAUUGUGCCCUACUUAUA